AUGAUCAUCGCGGAGCUAGGCCACGUGAUGUGCCAUCACGCCAAGACAGUGCCAUCAGUGAUGGCAGGUCGACAGCCUGAUGGCAGAACUGGAAGCAAUGAGGAUAUAAGGACGAACAGAUUUCAUUAUUUACUCUCGUCGCGGUCAACUCAAGUUGUACUUUCUUACUAG